CUUAUUAACUAUAAAUAUCAUUUACACCAUUUAUAAAACCAGAAGUGCUGGUGAAAAAUAUAAAAGAAAAAAAAAUCACGUUCAGUUUUUGGUAGGCGGGAAUUUACUUAUUUAUUUGUUGAAUCUCUAUUUAUAAUCUGUGCUGAGUUCUAUAUUUAAAGUAUAGUUUUAAAUUGAAUUGAAAAUGGCGCGAACUCCUCUAGUUAUAUCCUGCUUACUGGUUUUACACUUUCAGAUUAUUCUAGCACAGUCGCCCGUCCAAUACGGUCUUUUGGCUCUACCAUUGCCAGAAAUGAUUGAAGCAGCUAAUAAUUGCGUUUGUCAACCUGUACCAGUUUUAACUGAAUCACCGUGCAAUGUCCAGUUACCAUUACCACUGCCACCAUCUUCCACCACCAUAAUUACGGACUGUUCGCCGACAGCAUGUAAAAACUUAGCGAACACCUUGCAGUUAAUGAUUGUAUGCAAUUUGCUGCAAAACACCAAAGACGGCUCCGAUUUGGCGCUGCAGUUAGCUUCUCCCAUUAUAAAUGAAUUAUUUACAUCGCCUAUUUUAUCUUGUGGUUGUGCAAAUCCGUUUGCAACUGGCGUCGUUUCUCCUACAGUCGCUUCUCCUACCGCCGUCCCUUCUACAGUUAUUUCUCCUAAUGUUAUUGAUUCUUCUAACGUUAUUUCUGGCCUUACUAACGCCAUUUCAUCCAUAUCACCUUUAUUACUUUCAAGCGGUUUGUUACAGGGUCUAAUUGAAAUUAAAUGAAAUUGUACUAUGUCUUAUUAAUUUAUUGAACAUAUUUAAUUAUAAUUAUUUAAUAAGAAAUUAAAAUAAUUGUUUUAAUAAUAAUAAUAU